CUAAAGGUGAAGAAUUAGUCAUGAAAUUGGAAGACAAAACCACGGGGGAACUUUUCGCCAAGUGCCCCAUAGAGAAAUACCCAGGGGUAGCUCUCGAAGCAGUAACUGACAGCUCACGAUACUUUGUCGUAAAGAUUCAAGAUGAUGGUGGAAGGAGUGCAUACAUCGGCCUUGGAUUUGGCGACAGGUCCGAUUCGUUCGAUCUUAAUGUUGCAUUGCAAGACCACUUCAAGUGGCUCAGGAAAGAGCAUGAAAGUGAACAAAAUCCUCAGCAGCAGCUAGACUUAGGUUUUAAAGAUGGAGAAACAAUCAAAAUCAAUAUGAAGAUCACUAAAAAAGAUGGUAAUGAAGUAGGUAGACCUCGGCGUGGCGGUCCAGGAAUCGGCGGUGGAGGUCUGUUGCCACCUCCCCCUGGUGGAUCUCGCUUGCCACCACCACCAUCGCCACAACAUGCCCCAUCACCAUCAGCUGCUUUAGCUCCUACUCCUUCUAAUUCUGAAUGGGGCGAAUUUAAUUCUGCUAGUGCACCAAGUCAACAGGCUACAACACCAGCGAACCAGCAAAAUUGGGUACAAUUUUGAAAUGAAUUGAGUCUGUAGUUGUGAUUUGGUGUCAGCAUCUAGGAUGGCAGUGUGGUGUGUUGCACAAGACUUAAAAAUAUACUUAAUUACUUAGGAUUCCCAUAUUAAUUGCUUAUGAUUGUUUUUGCUACAUACAUGUUUCAAUGAAACAGUCUGCAUCAUACUUAGAACAAACUAUAGGUACAUGUCACAUACCUGGGGAUACCAGAUCACAAUAUUAUAUACACAAUAAUUUAAUCCAUUGUAUUUAUUCUAUAAUCUGUAUAUGUUGAAAUACUAGUAUUUAUAAUUAGAUGUAUUUACAGUAGGCGAUUUUGGCUCUACAUCUUGUUGUUAUUGUAUGUUGUUGAAAUAAUGCAUGUGACUAUGUGAAUAGUUAAAAACCUUUAAAAUAAAAAUGAAAACCAAUAUUAUAUUGUAGAUGAAGUACAUACAAACUUACAAUAUUUCUGCUUAUUGAAAUUAGAUCUGUAUUUGGCAUUCAUGAGAUGUACAAAUAAUAAUGAAAGUAUAAUAAAAAUAAGUAAUUAUAUCUUACAUUUUUAUUCAUUUAAGUACCUUCUUUUUUGUUUGAUAUUUUAAGAGGUGUACAAAAUAAUUUAAUUCUAUCUUUUAUUAGUUGUUGAUUCGUAAUAUCAUAAAUAUUGGAUGCAUAUAAGAAUAUAUUUUUGUUUAAAUUUUCGUAAUUCAGUCGUGUAAAAUAAAUUGUAGAUUUCUUUAUUCAUUUUAUAUAUAAUAUUAUUUUUAUGUUUAUAGUUGUUUAUCAUAUUAUUUGUGCUAUUUUAAUUAGCGGCAGUAAUAUAAUAAAGGCUAUGCACAGAUAUUUAUGAAAUAAUAUUUUUAAGUGGCAUACCUUGGAAUCAUUAUAAUAUAUUAUCCAAUUCGAGCCAGGUUGUUUUAAGAACAAUCUGUGUGGCUAAAUAAAAUUGGAAUCACCGCAUACCCUGUUAGUGCCAAACAACAAAAUAAUUACAAAUCUGCGGACAUAUAAUAAAGUUAUUGAAACAA